GCUUUUAAAACUGUGGAAAACGGUGGCCAUCCCACUCAUCCUCCGUCGUCUUGCUCCAACCACCAUGGAAGGUGUGGCUAUGAAACUCCCCUCUUUCAAAUCCCUAGCCCCCACCGCCAUCUCCGUCGCCUCUACCUUCUCCAUACGACGGAGCUUCUCCGUCGCUCGCCGCUCCUCUUCGCUAUCGGCCACCAUCACCGCCGAUUCAGAGCCCGUCUCUCUCGGCCAUCGCGCUCGUAAAGACUUUCGAAUUCUACACCAGGAAGUGAAUGGCUCUAAGCUUGUGUACUUGGACAGUGCUGCGACUUCUCAGAAGCCUGCUUCUGUAUUGGAAGCUUUGCAGAAUUACUAUGAGUUCUAUAAUUCAAACGUUCAUAGAGGAAUCCACUACUUAAGUGCCAAGGCUACAGAUGAAUUUGAGUUGGCUAGGAAGAAGGUAGCUCGUUUCAUCAAUGCUUCCGAUAGUAGAGAGAUUGUUUUCACGAGGAACGCUACUGAAGCCAUCAAUCUUGUUGCUUAUUCUUGGGGUCUUUCUAACCUCAAACCAGGAGACGAGGUUAUACUUACAGUGGCCGAACAUCAUAGCUGCAUUGUCCCUUGGCAAAUUGUAUCUCAAAAGACUGGAGCUGUUCUGAAGUUUGUGACUUUGAAUGAAGAUGAAGUUCCGGACAUAGACAUGUUGAGAGAAAUGAUUUCUGAAAAGACGAAACUCGUGGCUGUUCAUCACGUAUCAAAUGUUCUUGCAUCUUCUCUUCCUAUUGAAGAGAUUGUGGUCUGGGCGCAUGAUGUUGGAGCGAAGGUUCUUGUGGAUGCUUGUCAAAGUGUUCCACACAUGGUGGUUGAUGUACAGAAGCUAAAUGCUGAUUUCUUAGUUGCGUCUUCUCACAAGAUGUGUGGACCUACAGGCAUUGGUUUCUUAUAUGGUAAGAGUGAUCUUCUACUUGCCAUGCCUCCAUUCUUAGGUGGCGGAGAAAUGAUCUCAGAUGUAUUUCUAGAUCAUUCGACUUAUGCGGAACCUCCAUCGAGAUUUGAAGCUGGAACACCUGCAAUUGGUGAAGCAAUUGCCCUUGGAGCAGCCUGUGAUUACUUGUCAGAUAUUGGCAUGCCGAAAAUCCAUGAAUAUGAGGUCGAGCUUGCUAAGUACCUGUACGAGAAACUGGCUUCAGUGCCUGAUGUCCGGAUAUACGGCCCAAGGCCUUCUGAAAGUGUUCAAAGGGCAGCUCUUUGUUCCUUCAAUGUGGAGGGACUGCACCCAACUGAUUUGGCAACCUUCCUUGAUCAACAGCAUGGAGUUGCGAUAAGGUCAGGACACCACUGCGCUCAGCCACUCCACCGGUAUCUUGGAGUGAAUGCAAGUGCACGCGCCAGCCUCUACUUUUACAACACGAAGGAAGACGUUGACUCCUUCAUCGUUGCACUUGCAGAUACUGCGAGCUUCUUCAAUUCUUUCAAAUAGAGUGGAGUACACCUUCCAGCUGGAUCUCUCAGCUUGUUGUAUGCUAUAUAUAAGCUUCAAAAGUCUAUUUAUUUAUUAAUCUUCAAGUCCCAAUAUUUUGAGACCAAUACAUUACUGGGUUUCUUUCAAAUUCAGUUCCGCAAAUUUUCAAAACA